AUGUCAAUUCCCGUCGAGGUCAAAGAUGGCCACAAACUGCCCGGCGCCAUCCUCUUCAUGACCGUCACCACAAAAGUAACGUCGGACAACCCCACCGCGGCGUCAUUCAAUGUGAUUGCGUACGACCCGCUCAUCGACGAGCAUUCGACACCGGAUAAAAUGAAGAAGCGAUACACGAUCAGUGGCCUCCCGUACUUUGAGCGCUUCACCACCCCUCCCGAACCGGAAGCACCCUUCCAGGUCAACAACGGAGAGAUAUUCUACUGUGGCACCUACGGAACCACUGCGGCCGCCAAGUCGUUGGCCUGGAACUCCUGGGUCAAAGGGAGCAUCAGCUCGGGCAUAUCCCUGGCCUAUUGGAACCAGCAAAUCACCGAGGGCAGCAAGACGCGCGACGCAAGGGGCUGUUUCACCGCGCCGGCCGGCAAGCGAUUCACCAGCGCGUCCAAGACGCCCAUCAUGAGCCUCUACCAAGCCAAGGGGGGCAACGUGUUGGAUGAGAAACUCGGCACCCCGAUGGGCCUCUCCAAGUGCGAGAUCUUGUGGUAUGCGACGCACCUUAAGAAGGGUGUCCCGGGGCUUUGA